AUGGAGGAUAUGUUGCGAGCUUGUGCCUUGGAUUUUCAAGGGAGUUGGGAAGAUAACCUGCCCUUGAUUGAAUUCUCCUAUAACAACAGUUAUCACACGAGUAUCAAGAUGGCACCUUUUAAAGCAUUGUAUGGAAGAAAGUGUAGAAGCCCAGUGUGCUGGAAUGAUUGUAGUGAGCGUGUUACUUUGGGAACAGAUUUCAUUGAGGAUAUGGUGAGCAAGGUGAUAUUGAUUCAGUCAAGAAUUAAAGCAGCACAAGAUAGGCAAAAUAGUUAUGCCGACUUGAAGAGAAGAGAUGAUGAGUUCAAUGUUGGGGAUAAGUUGGCUUUGCCAAUAGAGUUCGAGAAAAUGCAUGAUGUGUUCCACAUUUCCCAAUUGAAGAAGUAUGUGCCUAGUGAAACCCAUGUGUUGCAACCAGAAACAAUCCAAGUGGAUGAAUCUUUGACAUAUGAAGAAAGACCAGUGAAAAUCUUAGAUCACAAGGUGCAAAGUACUAGGAACAAAGAUGUGAAGAUAGUGAAGGUCCUUUGGUCUAACCAUGAGUACGAAGAGGCUACUUGGGAGGCCGAAGAAGAGAUGAGAAAGAAAUACCCCGAGUAA